CGGAAUCCGAACAGACAGCACUUGGCGAUGCAAACUUGCAGGCAACAUGUGCGAGCACCCCCACCUCGGCCAAACCUCCCCCGAGCACGUCCACAGCCAGGGUUCAGGUUGUCAGCAAGUGACAAGUGACAUUGAAGUCGCAGUCCCCCAGCAUUUCCAGGCUGGAUCGCCCCUGCCCGGAUGACCAUCCCGCAGACCGCUUUUUUGCAGAGCUUCCCAAGGUUGGCGCAAAAUGCUUGGCGGAGCGGGCAGCCACGCGACCCGGCCCGGGGCACGACUGCCGUGCUUCUUGUCCCUCCGUUGCACCCGCCUUACGCCCGGAUGCCGUGCCUGCGUCCACUGUCGGCCCUGCAUGGGAGGGCAAGGGCGAGGAAGGACGAGGGCAGGGACAGCCCAUCAAUCAAAACAAACAAAUAAAAAGCACCCUCGCCUUUCGUGGAGGCUUCUUCCACCGGCUGCCAUCCCAUCCCCACUCCUCGCACUUGUUGGAUCAAUGCAGCGACAACGACAAUGCGGCCGACCCUCUCGCAUGUGCUGCCAGUCCUGGCUCUGAGCUGCUGCUGCUCUCCCUUGGCCGAAGCCCUCACCGAUGCCGACUUCUACGGCCAGUCGCCCCCAGUCUACCCUGCCCCUCAUGCCAGAGGCCUCGGCAGCUGGGCGUCGGCCUUCGCCGCCGCGGAGAGGCUCGUGGGCCAGAUGACGCUCGAGGAGAAGCUCAACGUCACCGGCGGCCACGCCACCACCGCCAACACCUGCAGCGGCAACACCGGCAGCGUCCCCCGCCUGGGCUGGCCGGGCCUGUGCCUCCAGGACGCCGGCAACGGCGUCAGGGCCGCCGACCUGACCAACUCGUACCCGAGCGGCAUCCACGUCGGCGCCAGCUGGGACCGGAACCUGACCUACCGCCGCGGCCUCGAGAUGGGCAGCGAGUUCCGCAAAAAAGGCGCCAACGUCGCCCUGGGGCCCGUGGCCGGUCCGCUGGGCCGCACCGCCCUCGGCGGCCGCAACUGGGAGGGCUUCGCCGCCGACCCUUACCUGUCUGGCGCCCUCAACGCCGAGACCAUCAGGGGCAUCCAGGACGCCGGCGUCAUCGCGAACCUCAAGCACCUCGUCGCCAACGAGCAGGAGACCUGGCGCCGCCCCUACAACGACACCGAGGCCGCCUCCUCCAACCUCGACGACAAGACCAUGCACGAGCUGUACCUCUGGCCCUUUGUCGACGGCGUGCGCGCCGGCGCCGCCAGCGUCAUGUGCAGCUACCAGCGCGUCAACAACUCGUACGCCUGCCAGAACAGCAAGCUGAUGAACGGCCUGCUCAAGACCGAGCUCGAGUUCCAGGGCUUUGUCGUGUCGGACUGGAACGCCAGGACCGGUGGCAUCGCUGGGCCCCUCGCCGGGCUGGACAUGAUCAUGCCCAAUGGGACCAGCUGGGCUGCUAAUCUGACCGAAUCAGUCAAGAAUGGCUCGGUCACCGAGGAGAGGAUCGACGAUAUGGCCCACAGGAUCAUCGCCGCCUGGUAUCUGGUCGGCCAGAAUGACACGAGCUUCCCCAGCCCCGGCGCCGGCAUACAGAACCUCAGCCUCCCGCACGAGCUCAUCGACGCCCGGAGCCCAGAGGCCGACCCCGUCCUCCUGGAGGGCGCCGCCGCGGGCCACGUGCUCGUCAAGAACGUCAACAACGCGCUGCCGCUCCAGAACCCAAAGAUGCUAUCAAUCUUCGGCUAUGACGCCCAGGCGCCGCCGACCAAGAACAUCGACAAGCUCUUUGAGCUGGGCUACGAGUCGCAGCCGGAGAUGAACGACGCUGUCCUGGGCUUCGAGGCGCACUUCUCGCAGCGGGCUUACGACGGUGUCGUGUUUGUAGGUGGCAGGAGUGGUGCGAACGGGCCAUCGUACAUCGACUCUCCCUUCGGCGCUUUGACCCAGGUCGCCAAAGAGAAAGGGACGUACCUGAACUGGGACCUGCGGUCGGGCAACCCGCCCGUCAACCCCAUGUCCGACGCCUGCCUGGUCUUCAUCAACGCCAUGGCCACCGAGGGCUGGGACCGCGACGGGCUGCACGACGACUUCAGCGACGGCCUAGUCCUGAACGUCGCCUCGAAGUGCGCCAACACCAUCGUCGUCGUCCACGCGGCGGGCAUCCGCCUCGUCGACCAGUGGAUCGACCACCCCAACGUCACGGCCGCCCUCAUCGCCCACCUUCCCGGCCAGGACGCCGGUGACGCCCUCGUGAGCCUGCUGUACGGCGCCGUCUCGCCCUCAGGGAAGCUCCCCUACACCCUCGCCCGCAACGAGAGCGACUACGGCGCCCUCUACGCGCCGUGCGCCCCCGCCUCGCCGGAGGACCGCUUCCCCCAGUGCGACUACGCAGAGGGCGUCUUUGUCGACUACCGCCACUUCGACGCCAAGGGGGUCGAGCCCCGCUUCGAGUUCGGCUUCGGGAUGAGCUACACCACCUUUCAUUACUCGUUCGGGUCCGUCAGGCCCGCCACCGCCGCCUCCGCCUCGUCCAUCAACGGCCAGCCGCAGCGCACUAUCACGGCCGACUCAUCGAUCUGGGACCUCAUCGCCACCGUGACGGCAAGAAUCACCAACAACGGCACCACGCACGCCGGCGAGGAGGUCGCCCAGCUGUACGUCGGGAUACCCGGCGGGGGCCAGCCGGCGCGCCAGCUGCGCGGGUUCGAGAAGGUGCGCCUCGCGCCGGGGAAGUCGGCCGACGUCGCCUUCGAGCUCACGCGGCGCGACCUGAGCGUCUGGGACGUCGCCGCGCAGAAGUGGGUCAUGCGGGGCGGGCGGUACUGGCUUUAUCUCGGGGCGAGUAGUCGGGAUAUUCGGUGGGUGGGGGUUUUAGAUGUCUACUAGCAGCGUCCUCGGCGGUCUACGCACUUUGUUUCUCCCUCCCGGUCCUCCCGGUCCUCCCGGCCCUCCCGGCCCUCCCGGCCCUCCCGGUCGUCUGCUGGGCUUGCUGGUGUGCAAACAGGGCAUGAUGAGCUGUGAUGGGUGGUAUGGUGUCUUUGGGAACGAGGUGGGGUGGAUGGGUGUUUGAAAGAAUAGAAUGGUGCUGAGGCACCUGACUUAUUGACAGGCCUAGUAUCUAGGUUAGGGUUAUAAGUACCUAGGUAGAUACCAAGCGUUCCAGCGUUAACAUGAUAAAUCUGCAUUGAAUCAG